GUGAUUAUUGAUUUGUUUGUGCUUACGCGUUUGCCUGUGUGACCCCUCCUAAUUAGAUUUAUGCCUUCGUACAGAAAUAAUCCUUUUAAUGUUCAGUACUUUGUCUACGUGGAAGCAGUAAGGACGCUAACGAUGGCGUUGGACGCAGAAAACAAGGAUGCUGUAUAUGGUUCAUUCAAAUACAGUGAUGGCAGCGAAUAUAUAGGCGAGUGGGACCAGAAUGGGCAGCGACACGGUGUAGGGCAACUUACUACUCCCGAUGGUUCGGUAUAUUCAGGUCAAUUUAAACUAGGACUGUGCUCUGGUUUAGGUGUACUUGUUUUCUCGGACGGUGCAAGGUACGAGGGGACAUUUUCCGAAGGCUGGUUUCACGGACCAGGAGCAUUCUGGAGAUCAGACGGUAUGAGAUAUGAAGGUGAAUUCCGUGGCGGCCGGAUUUGGGGUCAAGGUUUGGUGACUUUUUCGGACGAAAGCAACGGGUUUCCUCGCCAUGAAGGAUAUUUUCAAGAUUGUAGAUUUAUGCGCCGAGCCAAGUGCGGUGACGCAAUUCAACGAGCUCAGAAAGUCGCAUUAAUGGCUCGGGCUUUAUGCGAUGAGCACUGAGCAGUUCAUUCUUUUACGACCCUCUUCUUGAAGAAAGUGAUGAUUAUUCGUGAACCAGAAUCAACAGAUUUUAUUCAAACUAGGUGUAUUACUUGUUUUAUCUGGUGAUAGCUGUCGUUGAAUUUGCUAGCAGUAGAUGUUGAAGAGCAGUGGACUGUUUCAUCCGGGCUUGCAGUAAUAUAUGACUGGCUACUCCGAUA